CUCUCUCUACAAAGACAUACACACAAAAACCAUACUAUAACUUAAUUCAUUGACGAACAUAUAGGUGUUUGUUUGAGAAAUGAGGGGAGUAGAGAAGCCAAAACAAAAGCACAGGAGAGGAUUGUGGUCUCCAGAUGAAGACGAGAAACUCAAAAACUACAUUCUUAACCAUGGUCAUGGCUGCUGGACCUCCCUCCCCAUCAAUGCUGGGUUACAAAGGACUGGAAAGAGUUGCAGAUUGAGAUGGAUUAAUUAUUUAAGGCCAGGCCUAAAACGAGGGCCAUUUAGCAUACAAGAGCAGGAGACCAUCCUGACCCUUCAUGCCAUCCUAGGCAACAAGUGGUCUCAGAUAGCACAGCAUUUGCCUGGAAGGACAGAUAAUGAAGUAAAGAACCACUGGCACUCUUAUCUAAAGAAAAGAGUUCCCAAAAAGGAAGAAAAUAUAAAUGGAGUAUCUUCUCCUUCCUCCAAAAACUCUAGUUUGGACUCCUUUGCAGACAUGAUAGAAGGUUCAUUAUUAUUAGCAGAUACAGAUCAACCUGAUAUUCUAAAAGAACCUCCCAAAAGCAAUUUACCUAAAGUAUUAUUCGCCGAGUGGCUUUCCUUAGAUCAAUUUAAUGAUCAAAAUUCAGGGAAUUCCAAGAAUAACUUUGGCUACAAUAAUUCAGAGUUCCAAGAUGCUUUCAUGCAUGAUUUAUUUAUGAGUGAAGGGGUUAACAAUGAAAUAGUAGAUGAUAUGUUUCAAGCACAACUCAAGUUUGAAGAUCAGAUGUCUCCGGAUGGACUUGAAGAAUGUUAUCGAUCUGGUGAAUUCAACGUAAAUAGUGAUGUGAUCAAUGUCCAUAUGAGUCAUUUAUAUAAUCAGCUUUAGGUAUGAACAACUUCUUAUUGUUAGUGGUAAAUAGUUUGAAUGUAAUAAAGUAGAACAUUAAGAACCAUCAGUGUACUUAUGUCCUGUUUUCUUCAUAGUGAUAAGAGCUCGAGUGAGUUACUCAGCCACUUUACCUUUACAUGUUAGCAUAGAUGCCAUUUCUUUUCUUGUCUCCAUGUUUGUAAAAAGUCUAGAAUCAUUCUAUCUGUAAUAAAAAGAGAAAUGGGACUUAGUGGCCCUUGAGUA